UAUAAAGGCAAAACAAAAAUGAUUGGCUUUCAAGUUUCGACAAAAACAUUUAAAUCAAUAUUUUACUACUUAAAACGCAAUCAACGCGUGCCACGAGACCAAUCACCACAAUCAAUUUUAUAUUUUCCAAUUUCCAAUAAAAAAUAUUAACGGAUAAAAAAUUGUUCACAUCUCACCCGAGAUUGUUCUCUUUUGGGUAUAUAAAUAAAUAGGUAAAGGUGAGUAACGAAAUGAAGGAACAAAGAUAAAGGUGCGAGGGGAUAGAUAAAUAUUUAAGAGCCGUCGAUUUUGUCGCCGGAAAACAAAAGAGAAAAGAUUUUCCGGCGAGCUUGUUAAGAUGAAAGGUCAUCGGCAGAGAGGUCACAACCGGAGGAGAACGACGUCUUCACGAUUGGUGAAGUUCGAGGACUUGCCGGAAUAUCUGAAAGACAACGAGUUCAUAUUGGAUAAUUACCGGUCGGAAUGGUCGGUGAAGGAUGCUAUGCUGAGCGUUUUCGCGUUGCACAACGAAACGCUAAAUGUUUGGACGUGAGAGUUGCUAUGCAUUUGGGAGGGUUUUUUAUUUUUGCGGCGAUGGCGGUGAUGAGCUUGCCGGCGGGGGUAACCACGAUGGAACUCGGAGGAGGCGGUUUUCUUUCAAAUAUUUACAGAGUAGGGGCGAUGGGGUUGUUGAGGACGCGAAUUCAGAUCAACGGUUCUGCGUCUCAAAACACACGGGUUCAAGUCUUUCAAGAUUUUCAUUUGAAACAAAUUUUGGAAGUAUCGAUCUUUGACGGGGUGAGAGAAUAUGGAAUUCCAAGAUGGCCAUGGUUCAUUUUCUUAGGUGGAGGAAUGUGUUGCUUAGCUUGUAGUUCUGUUUCCCAUCUUUUGGCUUGCCACUCCAAACGCUUUAACCUGUUUUUUUGGCGUCUAGAUUAUGCUGGAAUAUCAAUUAUGAUAGUAUGCUCCUUCUAUGCUCCAAUUUACUAUGUAUUUUUCUGCAAUCCUUACGCAAAGUUAAUCUAUUUGACAUCAAUAUCAGUUUUUGGAGUAGCGGCAAUAAUUACCCUUCUUGCCCCAUCAUUUUCAAUACCUCAUUUUCGAAGAUUUCGAGCAUCUUUAUUCCUUUCAAUGGGGUUUUCAGGUGUUGUUCCAGCAGUCCAUGCUCUUGUAAGCAAUUGGGGUCACACGCAUAUUCUAGUUGCAAUUGGGUAUGAGUUCUUAAUGGCCAUUCUAUAUGCCACAGGUGCUAUGUUUUAUGUCACUAGAAUACCAGAGCGAUGGAAGCCUGGAGCAUUUGAUAUUGCUGGACACAGCCAUCAAAUUUUUCAUGUUUUUGUUGUUCUUGGGGCGCUUGCACAUGCCAUUGCUACACUUGUCAUAAUGGAUUUUCGAAGGGGAUCACCCACAUGUGCAUUUUAGUUACGUGUAUUGCAUUACCUUAUCAUUGUCACAUCAUUCUCUCAAAUAAUGUUUUAACUAAUUUAAUUAGCAACCCAAGUCCUACCAAUGGAUAUAUUUACUAUUACAAUUCAGUGAUAUUAGAAACAAGUUAAUGAAAUAGUGCUAGCUAUUUUAGCUUUUUAA